AUGAUACAGACAGAGGGAUGGGAGACGGCGGGUGCUGAGGGGCACAUCAUCACAGAGGAAGAGGGGCAGCAUGACGAGGAGGCUGUGUCGCAUGUAUUCGCAUACCGAGAGACGCAGAGCAUGGCAGAGACAGAGCGUCAAAAUACUAUGGAGGAGGUUCGUGUGGUCUCGGAGGCUGGAGUGGGGCACUACGAGGGAGAUGCGCUGGAAACAGAAGAGGAGCAGAAUGAGGAGGAUACGGUUCGCCAGUCGGGAGGGGGGAUGGCAGAGGGCACGUUAAAGGGGGUGGAAGAGAGGUUGAGAGAGGUUCUGAGAGACGACUCUGAGGGGCCGAACAGGGAUAGACUGCAGGACGAGGAGCGGAGGCAAAAGGCCACGAGGAAGGAAGCAGACGCCGCAGAGAGACGGAAGAAGGAACAAAAGCAGGAGGAAGAGCGUCGGCAGAAGGAGAUGAGAGAGGGAAUGAAGGAGAUGAAGGAGGCGAUGAUGGAGAUGAAGGCAGAAAUGAAGGAGAUGAAAGAUGGGAUGUCGUUCGUCCUCUGUCCUCCCUCCAGUCGCCUGUCCGCUCCCCUCCUGUCAACUUUGCGCCUCUCUCUCCUUUUCCCCUAUCGCCCUCUCUUUCUCCCCUCCCUCCCGUCGCCCUCGCUGUCCCCCCUCCCCUCCCUUCGCCCUCUCUUUCUCUCACCUUCACUCUCUCCCUCCUGUCGCCUUCGCGCUCUCCCUCCCGUCGCUUGUCCGCCCUCCCUCUCAUCGCCUUCGUGCUCUCCCUCCCGUCGCCUGUCCGCUCUCCCUCCCGUCGCCUGUUCGCUCUCCCUCCCGUCGCCUUCGCGCUCUCCCUCCCAUCGCCUGUCCGCUCUCCCUCCCGUCGCCUUCGCGCUCUCCCUCCCGUCACCUGUCCGCUCCCGUCGCUUGUCCGCUCACGGUCCCGUCGCCUGUCCGCUCUCCCUCCCGUUGCCUGUCCGCUCUCCCUCCCGUCGCAUGUCUGCUCUCCCUCCCAACGCCUUUCCGCCCUCCCUCCCGUCGCCUUCUCGCUCUCCCUCCCGUCGCCUUCUCACUCUCCCUCUCGUUGCCUGUCCGCUCUCCCUCCCGUCGCCUGUCCGCUCUCCCUCCCGUCGCCUGUCCGCUCUCCCUCCCGUCGCCUUUGUGCUCUCCCUCCCGUCGCCUUCGCACUCUCCCUCCCGUCGCCUGUCCGUUCACGGUCCCGUCGCCUGUCCGCUCUCCCUCCCGUCGCCUGUCCGCUCUCCCUCCCGCCGCCUUCGCGCUCUCCCUCCCGUCGCCUGUCCGCUCUCACUUCCGUCACCUUUGCGCUCUCCCUCUCGCCGCCUUCUCGCUCUCCCUCUCGUCGCAGUGCAUCACUCUGUUAUUCGUUAG